ACAAGCUUUGCUUUAGAUGCCAAAACAACCCUCUUGAUUCUUGGUCGGAAUGUUUCACCGUUUUCCAUCGCUAAUGGAGCCGUUUCUCCGGAGAGUCUCGGAGCGUUGGCCAGCCAUCGUUCAAGCUACAACGUGGACAGUGCUUCUCAUGUUCACCGUAGCCAUCGCUUCUUUCGCUCCAGAGUUGGCUUUUGUGUCUACGGUAUCGUCUUCCUGUGGCGGAGGUGAUGGUUUCGUGAAGAUUCCGAUGGAUUUUCCGGGGGAGAGUGUGUGUGUUCCGUCUCACAUGGUGAAGAGAUCACGUUUCGAUUUGUUCGUGCCUUCUAUUUUCGCGGGGGUUAUGGUGACUGCGUCGGCUUGUUUGAUCCGAUCGUGUUUUGGGACAGAGAACGUGGACGAUGUAUGAAAGUUGUAAUAAACAAAUUUUUUAUUUUAUAAAAUAACUUGCAACGUAAAACUACAUUUCUUUGGCCAGACAUUAUACAAUAAUAGUUGAAUGUGUUAGGUAU